AUGGAAGUAGCAGCUGUCAAAAUUUUAACACGUGCUGUUGAUAUGGACAAAAAAGAACAAUAUACGCUGGCAUUAAUUUUAUAUCAAGAAGGUAUACAAGUAUUACUCAAUACUAUUAAAGAAGUAACAGACGCUAAAAAAAAAGAUCACCUGCGCGUAAAAGCAAACAGUUACUUGGACCACGCUGAAAAAUUAAAAGUUUUAAUUGAAGAAAAAAAAGCGCUUGGUCAGUACCGAGAGCAAACUAAAAUAGAAGCUGGAGCUAUUGGUUACGAUUAUGACAGUUUGUUUGGAAGAUUUUUAGAUGAAAAUGUUGUCUGGAUUCAUGUUGAGGAUCCUUACAUCCGCGCUUAUCACCAGUGCUUGAAUCUAGUCAGACUAUGUGAAUUAUCAGUGCAAAAGUGUUCUUCACUCAGUAAAAUAAUUUUAACAACAACCCAAGAUCCAGACGACUCCAGAAACCAGAAUCUGAGGCUACAAGAGUUAAAACAAAGUUUGAAACAAUCUAAUAUUACAAUGGAGGUUAAAUUUUCUGAUACUUUGCACGACAGACAAAUUACUCUCAGUAAUGGGUGGGUGAUAAAAAUCGGCCGUGGCCUGGACUACUUCAAAGCACCAGAGGGAAAAUUUAGCCUCGGUGCUUGUGACAUGGCGCUGCGAGCGACUCUUGAAACAACAAAUAAUCACAAGCUUUAGCCUCAUCGAUGCACUUUUUCGCCAUUUUUCCCGCGAGCCUCAAGCUGUUGGUCCACCUGACGAACCCGCCAUUUUGAUUCUGUCCGCCAUCUUGUCCAGCAGUUAAAAAACCCUCAGGUAAGCAAUGGUGGCCUCCUACAGCGACAACUUGCUUGGCAAUUUCCAGAUCAACGCACAAUCGGGUUAAAGCAGAGGCCGCUGUGCUCGCGAGCCUUUGGUACGCGUGUUCCAAUCCAGGUGGCGCCAUGCGAAGGAAACAAACUAAAGCAACUGAAGCUUUAGCUUUGGCUAAAUGUUUUCUGGCAAUUUGAUGCCUGGCGAGUUUAUCAAUCAACAUGGCGACUUGUUCCAUCAGCCAGAUAGACGGCGCUUUUUUCUUCACACACUUGAGAAUCCUCCUAACGCC